AGUAGAUGUUCGCAGUUGCACAUUUGAAUUUGCCAAAGUCAGAAGCUUACAGCAUCUCUAACCGCAAAAUGUCGCUGAAAAAUAAAACAGCCGUAGUUUUCGGGGGUCUUGGAGGAAUUGGUUUGGAGAUCGGUAAACAUCUGCUGCAAAAUGGAGUAUCGAAGCUGUACAUUUUGGAUAUGUUUGAAACCAUGGACCUGGAGAAGAAAUCCGAGCUUCAAAGCUGCAACGUUGAUUGUGCAAUUUUUUACGACAAGUGCGAUAUCACGGAAAAAAUGCGGAUGGAAAAUUUGCUACGAACAAUCGUCCUGUCUCGGUUGAGUUUUAUCGAUAUUUUUGUCAAUUCGGUAGGGAUUAUUGACGAACAGGAUCCGGAACGAGUGAUCGCCACUAAUUUGCUCGGAACUGUCAACAGCUCUCUAAUAGCUUUAGACAUAAUGUCCUUGGAUAAGACUGGUCUUGGAGGGUACAUCAUCAACAUUGCUUCGAUCGCUGGCCUGGAACCUUUCCCGUACUGUUCCACCUAUACUGCCAGCAAGUACGGAAUCGUAGGAUUUACCAGAAGUCUGGGAAUCGACACCGUCCUGGUAAAGACGGGAGUUAAAUUCAUGACCAUCUGCCCCGGAGCCACCGAGACGAUGCUGUUCCAGAAACCGAACACCAGUAGUGUUUUCUUGCUGCCCUGGAUGGAAGAACCUGGCCGACGUCUGAUGAGGAAGAUCGCCAUACAAAGGCCCAGCGUCGUUGGAGAAUGUGUAAUUCGAGCCCUCGUCGAGGGAGAAACUGGUUCGGUGUGGGUUUGUGCGGGAGGAAAAAUCGAACACGUUUCGAUGCCAUUGACCUAUGAAUAACAUUUUCGAACUUAUAUGUAUCUUUAAGCACCUUUUAGGUAAUUGGAUAAGAAACAGACGUCCGGCCUGGAAUUUAAUCCGUUUGCUUCGGGAAUUUCGUUAGGUUCGGGUUUUACCACAGAACGUUUGACUGAUUUUCUUCAUCGCUUAAAUUGAUUUUGAUUUUGGAUGAGAUGAGCAAUGUUAAAAACAAGAAAAUAAAAAAAAUUACUGUAUGCCACAUCAAAGAAAAAAGCUCUUCUUUUUCGUUAAUUUUUCUUAAAUCAACAAAUAUAAGUCGGAAUUUCCAAAAGAAGUAUUGAAAAAUUAUUGAAUAGUAUUGUAGGGAUGAGAUGAAGAAUAUGCAGAAAAUAAAUCAAAUGUAAUUAAAAAUAAAAUAAUAGUUGUAUUCAGCAACACUGAAGAUAAAUGAAAUAAAAUCAAUUUCUAUGGCAACGUUUGUUAU